GAGUCGUCGUGCGCCUGCGCAGUGUGCUGCGGGCUCUGUGGGGCGAGCGCGGCUCGGAGGUGGCUGACACUUCUUCGGGGGAAGUCAGAGAGUAGACAUCCAGAAUGGCGGACAGAAAGCGUCUGGCCUAUUCCAUCAUCCAGUUUCUACAUGACCAGCUGCAGAACGGGGGGCUCUCUCCCGAUGCCCAGGAGAGCUUGGAAGUUGCAAUCCAGUGCCUGGAGACGGCGUAUGGUGUGUCCAUGGAGGAUCAAGGGCUGGCUGUGUCUCAGACCCUCCCUGAGAUCUUUGAAUUUGCUACAGGAAGGGAAUCUCAGGACAGCAGGACGAGCUCCGAACCGGUCACCCCUUCUGAAGAGGACGUCACCGAAGCUGAACGUCUGAAGACUGAAGGAAAUGAGCAAAUGAAGGCUGAAAACUUUGAAGCUGCCGUGUCGUUCUAUAGCAGAGCGAUCGAGUUAAAUCCAUCCAAUGCCGUGUAUUUUUGCAACAGGGCUGCUGCCUACAGUAAAUUAGGGAACUAUGCUGGAGCAGUAAGGGACUGUGAAAGAGCCAUCAGCAUCGAUCCAAGCUACAGCAAAGCCUACGGCAGGAUGGGGUUGGCCCUUUCCAGUUUAAGCAAGCACACAGAAGCUGUGGAGUACUAUAAAAAAGCCCUGGAGCUGGAUCCAGAUAACGACACAUACAAGUCAAACCUGAAAAUAGCUGAACAGAAAAUGAGAGAGACCCCCAGUCCGACUGGAGGUACGGGAGGGUUCGACUUAGCCGGCUUGCUGAACAACCCCAGCUUCAUGAGCAUGGCGUCUAACCUUAUGAACAACCCACAAGUGCAGCAGCUCAUGUCUGGGAUGAUUUCUGGUGGCCAUAACCCCAUGGGUGCCACCGGCACCAGCCCUUCUGCAAACGACCUUGCCAGCCUUAUCCAAGCAGGCCAGCAGUUUGCUCAGCAGAUGCAGCAGCAGAACCCAGAGCUAAUAGAACAGUUACGAAGCCAGAUCAGGAGUCGAACCCCUAGUGCCAGCAAUGAGGAUCAGCAGGAGUGAACGUACCAGUGCCGCCCGUGGGAAUUCUGUCCUUCUACCAAAACUGGAAGCCAUGUGUGUGUUGCCAUUUCUCAAGUCGGAAACGUCCAAGAGGAAAACAAACAAGCAAACAAAGGAAGGCCAGUCCCCCUGCACCUGCAUGUUAGAGCCGGAUUCUCAUCUUCUCCCUUGUGUCUUUGCUCUGCCUCCAAAUCCUUCCCUUUCCCCUUCUGGAAGAUCCAGCAUGGUGCAACCACAAACCAGCAUCCAUCGCCUUUUCUAGAAAACUCUGAAAAUGACCUUGUUCCCUGGGGGGUGCUAACCCAUUCCUAAGGAUGAGGUGCUCUCCGGUGUCAGAAGUCUUCACCCUCCUCGUCUCCCUUCUCCUUCGAGGGAGCUUUUGAGUCCCUUCUCUAAAUCUUUCCAUUGCAGCUAAAAGAAGCUGAUGUUCUAACCCAGCCCCUGGGUGGUCAUCACCUCCUGGCACCCUGGCGCUGGGGCCCGUCAGUCAAGUUUCCUGCAUUUCUCAUUCAGGUCGGUAGUAAUGUCGUCGGCAGUUUGUCCACGUGGGGUGAUGUCAGCGGAUACCUCUGAAAGGCUUUUGUGAAAGUGCGUGUGUUUUGGGGGCAGGCUGCAUAGUGCAAGACCACUCUCUGUGACUACUUCAUACUGAGCAUCUUUUGAUACACUUUC